GGACGGGCGGGGGGAAGGAGGGGGAGCCCGAGGGUCCCGCACAGACAAUGAUACGGUGACGUGGAGUUCUAGAACCCCUGCGGGAGGGGCGUGGAAGCGACAGGGCGGUGGAGGGCUGGGCCGUCUCGGGCUCGCACUCCCGCAGUAGCGGCGGCGGCGGCAGCGACACAGCUGACAGCUUGAGGGAUGCUCCGCUACGCAAGUCACAACAAUGCACUAUGACGUCACAUAAGGGAAUGGCGACUGCACAAAACAUCCCAGCCGAGGCGGCCGCGAUCGCGAGCAAACCGCACGAGACGCAGAGAAAAGGCCUGCCGCAGAUCUCGCGAGAGCUUGUGAAGACCCUCUAUUCAACCCACUCUAGUCUCCCUCCCCGCUGCCCUGUUCGUUCUACAAAUCGGGGAAAUCGUUAAGUCAAGACUACAUGUCCCAACGUGCAAUACGCCCAAGCGCUGCGUUUGUGUUUGUUACGAGUACAGUGUGUGUUUUCGUUUUGAAGAUUGCAAAAAGCUAUGAAUAACAAUGACUGAUGCACAGUUAUUUUCCCCCUGUUCCAAGGAAAACUGUAAAGAAACAGAAGAUAUAAAUGAAAAUAUUUCAAUAGGCAUUCCCAACAAACAACGUAGUUGUGCUGCUGUAAAUACUCCAGCUUCAUGUGUUAAUAAAGUCAUUAAUCAAGUACAAGAUUUAGAAGUGAAAUUGGAAGAAUCUUUUCUGCAGCAUGAAGUUUUAUAUAAUUUGGAAAAACUUCCACGGGAUUUGGAUGCUAAAACUGUCAAAGAGACUGAAGUGAAGGCUGAACAGUCAUUGCACUGGAAAGAUAUUCAGUCUUUAAAGCAGAAAACUUCUGCUGUUGUAGCAGAAGUCACCGAGUUAAUUUCACGAUUAGAAAAUGAGCGUAAAGAUGCUGAAGAAGCCUUAGAGUUUGAGAAGCAACAGAGAAAAAAACUAUACCUAAAUUCAGAUAAACUGUCAUUUUGGAGAUUACAACAGCUUCCCAAAGCUGUUCAAAAAGAAUGGGAGAAAUGUUUGCAAGAUAUAAUAGAAUUACAGUGGCAUUUUGAAGAAAAAAAUGAGCAAUUACAUGAUGCCCUAAACCAACUGACAAAAAUAGAGGGAGCCAAUUCAGUGAUCAUCAAGCAGAUAAACUUUAUGAAGAAAUACAGCCCUCUGCUGGAAGAAAAGCUAUGUCAUGAAGAUGAAUCAAUAAAAGAAGUAAAAAUAUUAUUUGAUGAGGCAAAAGCUCAGUAUGAUACUGUUCAUCAGAAAUAUUUGGAAGUGCAAAUGUUUCAUGAAGAAGUUAAAGAAGAAUGUGAAAUAAAAAGACAAUAUAUGUUUCAACAAAUAGAAGCUGAUGAGACUACAAUAAAACAAACUUAGGAUGAGUUAAAAGAAACUGACAGGCUUUAUGCUGACAUCAAUAACAAGAUACAUCAAUUGAGGGAUGAAAUACUGGAAAGAAAGCGCCUUGAAGAACUGAUCAAGCAAGAAGCAGAUGCAAAAGCUGACUAUUCUUGGCGUGAUAAAGAAAGGCGUUUGAGGUUGAAAAAUUCAAUACAAGAAAGUGAAAACAAACAAUUGUUGGAUGAGUUUUUAAAAGAGAUGAAGAGUAUGGAAAACUCAAAAUCUAAUAAAGAAUAUGAUCUACAAAAACUGAAGGAUAAACUUGCACAUGAUCUUCAGGAGUUCACUAGUUUGCAAAAUGAAAUCCAAGAUCUUAAAAAUGAAAACGCCGGAUUUAUGUACAAAUUCAGAGACACUGCAAGAAGGAAAAUGGGAUACCAAUCAGAAAUUCAGGUUUUGCAGAAAAAUAUUCGUAGGCUUGAAGAACAUUUAAAAAAAGUAAAUAAAGAACUUUAUGCUGCUGAAUUGGCUUAUGACGACGCCAAAACAAAACUGGAGGACCUGAGCGAAGGCAUUGCUAAAGAAAAAUCACGUUUCAAGAAUUUGGAAGAGAAUAUUAAAAAACAAAUUAGAGAUGAAAUAAGUGCUUGGAAGCUGACUCAGAAAAGAAUUAAAGCACUAGAAGCAGAGUUAGAAAGAAAGCAAAGGGAGCAUAAGAAAUUAAAGGAAAAGAUUCAGAGUAAAUUAGAAAAAUAUGAGCAGCUUUCAGCUGAGCAAGUUGAAAUACUGGAAAAAAAUACAAAUUUACACAAAGAACUUAUUGAGAAAAUAGCCGAAUUAACUGAGAAGAUCAAAGAACUUGAUGACAAGGAGGGAAAUGUGAAAAACCAAUUAGAAAAUAAAAAGAAAUAUGCUCAAAACCUAUUAGAUGAUAAAAAGGAGAAAUAUUUCGGCAUUUCAAGCCAAUUUACUAAAGUCAAUAAGGAAAUUGUACAUUUACAAAAAGAAAUUGCAAAAUUAAGUGCUUUAAGGAAAGGACAGGAAAACCAGGUAGAAAAUAUAGAAAAAUCUGUAAUCACGUUGAGAGAAAAAUAUACCAAAAUAAAGUCCAAGGAAGAAAAUAUUCGGAGAUUAGUUGAUUUUCUCCAUGCCCGGC